CCCUCCCGGGCCGCCGUAGCGACUCGCCAGCAGUAAACAGGAAAUAGGAGAUUCGUAGCCUUGGGUUGGAGAAGGCGGAGGAUUCUUGAACAGUUUUCUCUGCUCUCGCCGUUAGAGCCUCUUCCACCUCGCCGACUGACAGGAGCUCUGCCAGCGGCUGCCACUUCAGCGUGCCGAACCAUGGCCGAAUAUUCCUAUGUAAAGUCCACCAAACUCGUGCUCAAGGGCACGAAAGUCAAGAGUAAAAAGAAGAAGAGCAAAGAUAAGAAAAGAAAACGAGAAGAAGAUGAGGAAACCCAGCUUGAUAUUGUGGGAAUCUGGUGGACUGUAUCCAACUUUGGGGAGAUUUCAGGCACUAUUGCCAUUGAGAUGGAUAAAGGAGCCUAUAUCCACGCACUGGACAAUGGACUCUUUACUCUGGGAGCUCCACACAGAGAAGUUGAUGAAGGCCCCAGUCCUCCAGAGCAGUUUACUGCUGUCAAAUUGUCUGAUUGCAGAAUUGCCCUGAAGUCUGGCUAUGGAAAAUACCUUGGUAUAAAUUCAGAUGGACUUGUUGUUGGGCGUUCGGAUGCAAUUGGUCCCAGAGAACAAUGGGAACCAGUGUUUCAAGAUGGAAAGAUGGCUUUACUGGCCUCAAAUAGCUGCUUUAUUAGAUGUAAUGAAGCAGGUGAUAUAGAAGCAAAGAAUAAGACAGCAGGAGAGGAAGAAAUGAUAAAGAUCAGAUCCUGUGCGGAAAGAGAAACCAAGAAAAAGGAUGACAUCCCAGAAGAAGACAAGGGAAGUGUGAAGCAGUGUGAGAUCAACUAUGUAAAGAAAUUUCAGAGCUUCCAAGAUCACAAACUCAAAAUAAGCAAAGAAGAUAGUAAAAUUCUUAAAAAGGCUCGGAAAGAUGGAUUUUUGCACGAGACACUUCUGGACAGGAGAGCCAAGUUGAAAGCUGACCGAUACUGCAAGUGACGUGGAUGUUGUGUGUUCCUUUGGGUUUUUUUUUUCUGUUUCCCUUUUCCCUGUCCUUCUUUCUCUCUUUCUGUCUUUCUUUUUUUCUUAAUAAAAAUAUUUGAUAUAAGUGCU